AUAAAAUGACGACCAGAAAGUUUAAAGAUCGUUCAGGUUGUGAACUGGGGCCAUUUAUAGAAUAUGACGAGAUAUUAUUCCCCAUUCUACCCAUUACAACACCAAUUGAACAACACUUUAAUAAUAUAGCCAACCUUGAAAUAAGAUCAGAUGAUGUUUUAAUCAGCGCCUACCCUAAAUCAGGUACCCACUGGGUUUGGGAGAUGGUGCGCAUGCUGAUUAGUGGAUCGCCUAAACAUACAACAGAUUCAAAGGAGUGUCAAAUGUUGGAAUUUACAGAGACUGGAAUCAUUGAUAAACGUCCAUCUCCAAGGUUACUCAAUACCCACCUCAGCGUAAAACAUCUCCCAAAACAGAUCUUUACCAAGACAACUAAAAUUGUCUACGUGUAUCGAAAUCCUAAAGACGUAGUAGUUUCCUUGUAUUGUCAUAUCACGGGAAUAAAACGAACCAAUGGAUACGAGGGAAAGUUCCAGGAUUUAAUUGAUCUGUUUUUACGUGAAAAGGUGGCCUUUGGUAAAUGGGGUGAUUAUAUUAAAGAGUGGGAAGAUAUCUUGGACAAGGGUGAGACACCAAUCAUAGCAAUAGCUUAUGAAGAUAUGAAAAAGGUUGGAGAUUGGAAGAAUUGGAUAACGGUAGCAGACAAUGACAGGUUUGAUGAAUUUAUUGAAACAAAGAUGAAAGAAAGCGACAUGAAAUUCAUCUAUACUUUGUAA